AUGACCGCCUCAACGACGACGAUCAAGUUGCCUUCGAACGCGGCGCACCCCUUGCGCACGCAGCUCUUCAUCAACAACGAAUGGGUCGACAGUCUUUCAUCGCAAACGUUCUCCGUCCUCAACCCCGCGACCGCCCAAGAGAUCGCCCAAGUCUCGUCCGCUCAAAAGGAAGACGUCGACCUCGCCGUCCAAGCGGCACGCAAGGCCUUCAAAACGACCUGGGGCAAGAAUUGUUUGCCAGGCGAGAGGACGCGUUUGCUGAACAAGUUGGCCGAUUUGAUCGAAAGGGAUGCGCAGCUCUUGGGCGAGUUGGAGAGCGUCAACGGUGGGAAAGGUGUCAGGGUCGCGAGGGACUUUGACAUUGGCGAUUCGGUCGCUUGCUUGAGGUACUACGCUGGAUGGACGGAUAAGGUCGGUUACUACUAGGUCGCUUGCUCUUUGAUUCAUUAGUAAAUUUGGCUCGUGUAGCACGCUCUAACGAUGCAUUUCUGCUUGCCCAGAUCGCGGGCGAGACGAUCGAGGUGGCGCCGAGCAAAGUCGUCUACACCACCGCUGAUCCGAUCGGCGUCUGCGGACAAAUCAUCCCGUGGAACUGUGAGUCUGAGCGGAGCGAUUCUUUUUGCACAAAAUGGCCUGCUCACCCUCGCAUUGCUUGUCGAUCGAUUGCGCUACUAGACCCUAUUAUGAUGUGAGAAACUCCCCCGAGUCGAGUGUCUCUGAAAGUCCCAGGUAGCUAAAACAUUGCCAUCUCCACGCAGGUGGGCUUGGAAGGUCGGACCUGCACUGGCCGCAGGCUGCACGAUCGUCAUGAAACCUUCCGAGUUGACUCCUUUGACGGCCCUAGCGAUGUGUGAUCUCAUAGUCGAAGCAGGUUUCCCCGCUGGUGUGGUCAACUGUGUUCCUGGGCUCGGUGCCAGCGCUGGUGCGGCGAUCGCGAACCACAUGGGCAUUGACAAAGUAGCAUUCACUGGUUCAGUCCAAACGGGACGAACGAUCAUGGCAGCAGCGGCCCUCUCGAACUUGAAGAAGGUAACUCUAGAGUUGGGAGGCAAGUCACCGAACAUCAUCUUCUCCUCUGCCGAUCUGCAGCAAGCCGCGAACUGGUCCGCAAUGGGUGUCUUUUACAACUCGGGUCAAGACUGCUGCGCCGGCACGCGCCUCUAUGUCCAAGAAGACAUCUACGACGAGUUCAUGGGGAUCCUGGUUGAAAAGGCUCGAGCGUGUGCGAUUGGGGAUCCUCUCGACGAGACGACCAGCUUCGGUCCGCUCAUCUCGGCGGCCCAACGCGACAAGGUUCUCAAGUACAUCGAGUCCGGUGUCGAGGAAGGCGCCAAGGUCGCCACGGGUGGACAAAGAUGGCCCCAGAGCCAAGGAUUCUACGUCGAGCCGACCAUUUUGACCGAGUGUAACCCCAGCAUGAAGGUCGUCAAGGAGGAGGUAAGUCGUGGAGACGUCCGCUCUUCACCCACCCCAACUUCGCAACCGAACUGCGCUGCUGGGCCGCCGAGAUGGACGCAACUCUCUGAUCCAGAAUUCUCUCUCCUUUCCUCCUUGUUCCUCAAAUCUGCAUCCCCCUGCUCGUUGUCAUUUUCAUUCAUCGUUGUAGAUUUUUGGUCCGGUUCUCGUCGUCAGCAAAUUCAAAACCGAGGAGGAGGCCCUCGAGCUCGCAAACGACAGCGUAUACGGCCUCGGGGCGGCGGUGUUCACGAGUAAGUUGGCUCUCCGCCGCCAAGUGCUUUCCACCUGUCGUAGGGGUAUACACGAGAAACUGGCGCUUCGUAUGCCCUCUUUACUGCACCGCCUCAGGGCGGCAAGCCAUUGUUGAUGUCACGUGUCCACAUUCCCGGGGACAUUGGGUCUCAUGAUUCUCGGCGUUUCACCCCUAGCCGCUUUCAGUCUCGGCUUCGGGAAAAAGAGACUGAUUCGGUGCAUCGCUCACGUGUCGCUGUCCGCCGAAUCAUGCAGACGACGCUAAACAAUCGAUGCGAGUGGCCCACAAACUAGAAGCGGGCACCGUGUGGUGCAAUCUCUAUGGACUUCUCAGUGAGUACUGUCGGCCUACUGGCGAGACCGGUCUCACGGCGGGGCGGGAGCCACUGCAGGACGAGCCUGGGUGCGCCUAAUCCAGCCGGGGAACUUCUUGUGAUAUGAGCACUUCGGCCUCAGCCGCCGCGACAGGGGCUGGAAUUUUGCGCACGAGCCCGCGUCUCACUCGCAGGGGAACGCGACGAACGUUUCCGGCGCCGACUGAUUUCCGGCCCGAGAAUCGGAGAUGUGUUGUCGCGGUUGGGGCUGACCUCUCGGUGCUGUUUCCCAAGAUUCGAACGUACCCUUUGGAGGAUACAAGAUGAGCGGCAUUGGGCGAGAGCUUGGAUCUGCCGGCGUCAAGGAAUAUUGCAGUGAGUGAUCCAUAUUUUGCCGCUCUGGUUGGAGCUCCUGGUGCGAGAGCAUCGACAUCGGCAUCGGCAUCGGCUUCGUCGGCGACUAGGCGGCGGCGGUGCACAUGUCCGAGCUCGACCACCAAGCGCUCAAUUGGCGCCGCUUGUUCGGGCUCUACUGAGCCUCCCGCUCUCCAUUAUUCGGAUGUUGAUCACUUGCGAGACUUGGACGCUAGCUUUUCAUUCUGUGCCUGACUCCUUUUGCUUGAGUACUUUUCUUCUCCCUUAGUCAUCAAGAGUAUCCACCAUAACAUCAGCGAAGAGAUGGUAAGUAAUGUUUCUGUGAUUUUUUCGGACACCCCGGCGCGCGUCUAUACACAUAUGUCUGACGCACGGACAUCUCCGAUCCCCGGCCUCUUCUUUCGUCGUCGGGCAGCCAUGGCCUGUCUAA